UGUAGGCUGAAGCAUUAUAGACGACAGUUGAACAAAUUGUGGGAAAGUACAAUGAAAAUAGGUAAGAGAACUGAAGAAAUCGGCGAGGAAUGGAAAAUAGAGCACGAACGGCUGGAAAUGGCGAAUACCAAACUGACCGAACUAACUCAAAAGUAUAUGAAGAACAACAAGGAACGGAUUAUCAAUAAAGCUGAUGCCGAAAAAUUGCCGCGUCCACAGCCCGCAUCUAAAAUAGCCAAACCAAAGUCUAGCCCUAAGGUACCCAUGCAUAAGCAUGCAACAAACCCAUCCAAUGUUCCAUUGAAAACAUCCGAAACAAAAAAAAGUUUCACCGUUGACCCCAAACCGAAGAAGAAUAUCAAGCCUGUUCAAAUGUCAUCCAAGGACGAAAAAAAGGCCUCGUUCAAGAAGUCAACAUUGUAGACAGCACAUCUGAUAAUUCAAGAACAUAAUAAAAUGCCAUCGAUGCCAUCCA